UCUCCUCCACCUCUUCCUCACCCUCCCUGAUCUGCUCCACCAUCCAUCCUUCUGUUGCUCCUUCACUCCUUCUGCCAGCGGGCUGCGGCUCACCCCUUGGAUCUUCAUCCUCCCCCCCCGCCCCAGGCACUCUCCCGAGCAGCUCCUUUAGCCCAUGCUUCUCUAACCCACUCACCCCUGCAUCUUCUCUGAUACCCCCUGCAAGACCCAGGCUCCUGCUUCUCUUUUGCUUUCUCAUUUAAUCCCUUCUCAUUUAUUCCCUACUUGCCAGAAGACCAGGUCCCCAGCCCCUCUUGACCCUCCCUGUCCUGCCUGCGAGUCUCAGGAGCUUUUGGAAACGUGAAGCUCAGGACAAAGGGCAGUGUCAGGGCUACGCCUGCACCAGGACGUCGCUUUCCUGAUAGGCAUGUGUGCGUAUUUUGCACAUGGUCAUACAUUUUAAGGCAGGGAGGUUUUUUCUGUGACACAGGGGCUCUGCACCAGGCACCACACAGCAACAGCAUCACCAAUGAAACUGCUUCCAUUCCUAGUUCUGAUUUCCAGUCUGCUGGACUAUGGUUGCACUUCUGCAAGCUGCAACAUGACAUGCCACAAAGACGCCAGGUGUCAAGUUCAGGGUGGGACAACAGGCUGCUAUUGCUCCCAAGGAUAUACGGGAAACGGCAUAACAUUCUGUUACGAUGAUAAUGAAUGUGAAAAUGCUACUCAGCCUUGUGGAGAGCAUGCCAAUUGCACAAACACGGUGGGAAGUUAUUUCUGCAUGUGUGCACCUGGUUUCAAAUCCAGCAACGGUCAACAAACUUUUGUACCUAAUGAUGGAACCUCCUGCGUGGAUGUAGAUGAGUGCAGCAAUGAAGGAACUGUUGCCUGUGGAGAUCAUGCAAAAUGUGAAAACGUGGAUGGAGGGUUUAACUGCUCCUGUAAGGAAGGUUUUCAACCAUCCACAGGAAAAUUGCAGUUUAAGCCAAAUGAUGGCACUUCCUGCCAAGAAAAUCCAAAGGCCAAGUGUGAGUUAUACAAAGACUGUAUAACUGAACAUAUUAAUAGAACUUUAGCUGGAAUUAGUCAUUUAAAAACACCCCUGAUGAUGCUGCAAGAAAUUAAUAAAAAUACGUUGGGACCGCUUUUACCUAUAGAUGUGAUUUCAUAUGUUGAAGCACUAUCUUAUUCAUCGCUGAAUACCAUGUAUUACUCUGUUUCUGACAGUGAAGCACUUCGUAAUACAACCAUUAAUGUUUUGGUUAACACCGUGAACAAUUUUUUACAAAAAGACAAAAUUACAGUCUGGGAAGCUCUUCCUGUAGAUAACCAAAGACGGAGCCUGACUAAGCUGCUGCAUACUGCAGAACAAGCGACGCUUCUCAUGUCGCAGAACUUCAAAAAGACAACACAGCUAGAUGCUAAUGCAAGUGACAUAGCACUCAAGGUUUUUGCUUUUGAUUCACACCACAUGAAACACAUUCACCCUCACGUAUACACGGGGGGAGAUUACAUAAAGAUCUCUCCAAAGAAGAGAGAGGAAUCUCAUCCUAAUGGCACCGUUGCAGUUGUCUUUCUGCGGUAUAGCAAUAUUGGUUCUUUGCUUUCAUCGCCUAAAAACCGCUCCUCGAAAGAUACUUCAGAGCAGAGACAGACAGUAAGCUCAUCAGUUAUAGCUGUUGCAAUUAGCUCAAAUCCACCUACACUCUAUGAGCUUGAGAAAAUAACAUUCACCUUAAAGUAUGCCAAGACUGCGGAUAAAGAUAUUAAAUGUGCAUUUUGGAACUACUCGGCAGACACAAUGAAUGGCAACUGGGCUACAGAAGGCUGUGAGCUGACACAUUCCAACUCCACUCAUAUCUCAUGCAAAUGUAAUCAUCUGACUCAUUUUGCUGUUUUGAUGUCCUCAGGUGGCUCUGUCGGUGUUACAAAUUAUAACAUUCUUACAAGAAUCACUCAGCUAGGAAUAAUUAUUUCGUUGAUUUGCCUCUCCAUGUGCAUUUUUACAUUCUGGUUCUUCAGUGAAAUUCAAAGCACUAGAACGACAAUUCACAAAAACCUCUGCUGCAGUCUUUUCCUGGCGGAACUUAUUUUUCUGAUUGGAAUUAAUAUGAACAAUAAUAAGCUCUUCUGUUCAAUUACUGCUGGAUUACUCCAUUAUUUCCUUCUAGCUGCUUUUGCAUGGAUGUGCAUUGAAGGUAUUCACCUCUACCUUAUAGUUGUGGGAGUCAUCUACAACAAGGGUUUCUUGCACAAGAAUUUCUAUGUCUUCGGCUACGUCAGUCCAGCCGUGGUCGUUGGAAUCUCCGCCGCACUGGGAUACAAGUACUAUGGUACCACAGAAGUAUGUUGGCUCAGCACAAAGAAUAACUUUAUAUGGAGCUUUAUAGGACCAGCAUGUCUAAUAAUUCUUGUUAAUUUGUUGGCUUUUGGAGUGAUUAUUUAUAAAGUAUUUCGACACACUGCAAUGUUAAAGCCAGAAGUUAGUUGUUAUGAAAAUAUAAGAUCCUGUGCCCGAGGUGCUCUUGCUCUCCUGUUCCUCCUUGGGGCUACCUGGAUCUUCGGGGUCCUCCACGUUGUACAGGGAUCUGUGGUUACUGCAUAUCUUUUUACAAUCUUCAACGCAUUCCAGGGGAUGUUCAUCUUCAUAUUUCUUUGCGUGCUGUCUAGGAAGAUUCAGGAAGAGUAUUAUAGGUUGUUCAAAAACGUUCCUUGCUGUUUCGGCUGCUUGAGAUAAAUGGAAGGAAAACAUGCGUGAGCACCUCAGUGGACGAAGGGAGCAACCUAGAUGAUGUUGUUAUGGAUACUACAGGAAAAUAUGGUAUUGUGAAAGUAUGAAAUGAGCCAGUGAGAAGGCAUAUCUCUUAACUGAAUUAUUGACUGGUUUUGUACAUACGUGUGCAUUCAUGCAGAGCAUUUAUAUUAUGCUGUACACAAACAGUAUACAAAACCAAAUGGAUUAUUGCAAAACAAAUAUUAAUGAAGACCAGGGAAAGAAGCAAAUUUCUAAAGAAGCUCAAGACUUUUCAUGAUUUAGGAUUUGUUUCUAAUAUUAGAAAUAUCUGCAGUUCUUGAAAGCAAGAUACCAAAAACCAACUGGCACAGCAGAUUUUGUGAAUUGCUUUGCUAGUGGAAACAUGUUCACUGUCUUUUUGCAGUAAUGAGCUUCUUAACAUUAAGUCAUAUGUGGCCAUCUGCAGGGAAUGGGUUCCAUUAAGGAGUCAAUUGAUAAAGAUCUGCUUCAGUCCAGACUUUUGAAAACACUUCUUUUAAAUUAAAGUAGAUUAAAAAAGGAAUUUGUUUAAUAUUAUUCUCUUAUCACUCUGAAAUAUAUAUUUGUAUAUUAAUCAAUUCUUUAUUUUUAUAACGUUUAAAGAACUGUUUAGAUCUAAAGAGCUGAGGUCAGAUCUGAUACAAGAAUGGUGGGACAGCCAUUUCAUAAGUGAAAGAUCAUUUUGUGAAUACUUUGAAAAAGAUCUGGUUCUUGUUUUAUUUAAUUGACAAAAAGACUGAGAUCUGCUAAACUGGCACUAUGAUUUUGGAGGCUGUGGGAAGAAGAUGCUUUCACAAGUUUGUCACUUGAUAGAGAUACUUGGAAUCCAGACCUUGUAGGAUCAAAUUAAAAAUAAAGUGGUAGAAAUCACCCAUGCAGAAGAAUACAGAUUUAAAUUCAAGGUCAUAUGCCUCCAUACCACGUAAAAUUGUGAUUACAGCAGUUUUCUGUACUCAUAGCAUCUUUGAGUCAAGCAGUUGUCUUCCCCUGAGGCUCCUGGCUUUGAAACACUUACCCUGUGUUUAACCUUAGGAGCAUACAUAGAUCUACUGAAAUCAAAGGGAGUACUUGAGGUGCAAGUUUUGCUGGAUCAGGGCAUAAACACGAUGCAUCAGUAGUUCCACCUUUGCCAUGCUACUUAUUUUAAAAGUAUGCUUUACUUUCACCCUUUUAGCACCUAGCUUAUGUGAAGUGCUGAGCAAUCCUCAGUCCAUGCUGCCUUCUCAGGAAGUGUCUAGGAUCUCAGAUGAAGCCCCGUAUUUUUACCAGUGAGGCACUGUAAAUAUGUAGUUGUUGAUAAAUCCCACUGUUGCGUUGUCUGUUAAAAUAAGCACUAGUCUGAAUUUUAUUUAUAUUAAAGGAAACCUUGUUUUGGUAAUGGUCAAAUUUGUCUGGUUUUUAUCUUUUUUUCCGUAUAGACAAGGCUUUCAUUGUAUGCACUGCAGUGACAUGCUUCAUUAAGUAUAUUCCAUGUCUCUGUCAAAAUUUUGGAAACCACAAAAGGAAUCUUUUUUUCUGAAAAAAAAUUAUUUCUGUUGGUCCUUUGAAUGUAAAAUAUGUGAAUAAACUGAAGCGCUUAGCUUUCACAUUUCGACAUGUUUGCCUUCAUUUAAAUAAAUACAGUGGUAAAAGUUCUCAUGGUUAUAUAUUAUUUGCCCUGAAUUAUUUGCUGUAUUUCCUUUGCUGAUGUAUAUGUUCUUCAAGGCUUGUGAAGAUGCAGAUACAUAUUACUUAAAAGAGUAUUUUUAGAAGGAUAUCUACUAAUACAUCAUUUUUAAUCUCCUGCAGAAAUGUAACCUAUAGUACGUCUGUCUGGACAAAGAAGCACCUCUAGUAACUAUCUAAUGACUUCAGCAUGUUCAGUCAGAUUGAAACAGUUCCUUGGAAAGAAAAUAUAUCAUAAAGUGUUUAGGUUACAAUAGUCUUUUUAAUGAAAGAACAUCUUUUAUAGGAAAACUGUGCUCUCCAGUCUCUGGGUCAGAUCUUCAUUGAAACUCUGUUUUCCUUACAUGCAAGGACGAGUUUUCACCUUUUAAUACAGCACAUAAGGACCAGAAAAAUUUUGUUUAGUUUCAUUACCUUAGAGCCUGAAGGAUAUUGUAAUUGUCCUCCCUAAUGCAUGCAAAAAUACUGACGAUAAAUAAAAGGGUUGGUUUGUCACAGCCCUUAGUAACACGAGCCCCAACCCAGCAGAGAGAGAGGAGAGACAAUGGACAUAAACUGAAAAAAGAGAGGUUUCAGCAAGUUAUGAAAAAAAAAAACCUUUUCACCGUGAGGGUAGUCAAGCAUUGGAAACGGUUGCCCAGAGAGAUUGUGCAGUUGUGUUAAAAUCUUUGGAGGUUUUUAAGACUGGAUAAAGCCCCCAGCAACCUGAUCUCAUACCUGACCCUGCUUUGAGCAGGAAGGUGGAUGAGAUGACCCUCUGAGGUCCCUUCCAGUCUGUAUUGUUCUAUGAGUCUAUGAUAUGAAAUAUCAAAUCAGAAAAAUAACAGUUGGGCAUUAGUUAUGAUUUUGUUAAGCAAACUUGCACUCAAGUGCCAUGCAUCAGCUGAAGAAACUGUUUUUCCAAAAAGAAAUUUGGGUGACAUAUUUGUCAGAUCAACUGGUAACUAGCUGACUGGUUUGAAAAAUAAAAACUUUGUUCGGCAUCUUUUCAGAUUACAUGCUUUUGCGAGGUAUAUGACAUCUCCAGGUGGGGCCA